AUGGUCCAAAAGGGUUGCAGCAACAACUCCUUUACAGCCGCUAUCACGACCUGUCGGCGGAGAAAAAGGAGGGAAAACUGCAGAAUCUUUACCUGUUUUUCCCCUUGGUCAAUUAUUUCAUCCUGGUUCAAUUUGGAAAAAUCAAGAAAUGGAAAGGACGUUGAUGGGGUGGAGUUUCGUGACGAAGAUUCAGACGAUGAAGUUGCACUUGAGUGCUUGCAUGAGAAAUCAUCAUCUAAUUCUGCCCAGGAAGUAUCAGGGGAACACAGAAAAGAGGCCUCUUUCAGCUUGGGAGUUGGAUUUGCGCUAAUUUAUCUCAUGGUUAUGAGUAAAAUGGAACUUAACAAGAUGGUAGAGUUAUCCAAACAAAUUGAAACACUGCUCCGAAAUGUCAAAUGGCAACAUCAAAAUGCAGUGGCAGGUACAAAUAUUGAAACUUCUCAAACCUCAUCCAAAGCCCAAGAAGUUUCUGAGUAUGCUAUUACAGACCAUGGUUCUCUGCAAGAAGAUUCUAGUCAUGCCAUUAUAGAGCAUGUUUCUCUCCAAGAUGGUCCAUCUUCUUCUUGGGAACAGGAAUAUUCAGGAUCAGAUAUCACUUCAAGCAGUUGUAACGGGAAAAUGAAUAGAGAAGGGAAAAUGGUGGAGAUGGACCAGCUUGAGGCAGAACUUGAAGCUGAAUUAGAAAAUCUCCAAUUGCAGUUGGAUACUGAAGUUAUGCUGAAUUACCCAGACAAGAAUCAUGGAAAGAUAGUUGUUGAAGACUCCGCACCUGAAGAAAGCCAGAGUGCAAAUUUUGGGGAAGUAUUUGAACAGCCUGAGAUAGGUAACCUCGAAUAUUACCACGGAGUUUCUCCAAGAGAGCUCGAAAGAAGAUUGCAUGAACUUCAAGAAGUGAGACAGGAAGAGAGAAUUAGAGAGCUUGAAUCAGCUCUAGAAUUUGCAAUUCACAAGCUUAAUGAGAACCAAAGAGAGCUUUCUUGGUGGAAAGACACUGGCAGGGUUGUUUUUCACCGGAUUCCCCUUCGCUGUCGGUCCAUGAGGUAACCAUGAAACUUAAUCCAACAUUGAAGAAAAUGAUAUACAACAAUAAAAAUAUUAGUCUGCAUUUUCUAGCUAUGAUGCUUCGGCUGAAAUCAUACACAGGGGUGCACUAAAAUGGCAUGUU